AUGGCAUCGCUCGCUCGCGCCGGCGUGCGCGGCCUGUGUACGCGUCCGGCGCGUGCGCAUGCAGAGCGGGCAGUUACGCUGGCAUCGUCCGAGGCAGAAGCGCUCGUGCCAGCCGUCCUUCAUAGGCUGCGCACGUGGACCGACGACCACAUAUUGCUCUUCGCGCUGAGCAAGAGCCUGCCGCGCGCAGCGCUGUCCUCGCUCGUGUCGCACAUCACCCAGUCGGUGCCUCCCCAUGCACGCGUGGGCAUGCUGGCUCCCGCCCUCCCGCCGGCGCUGGUCCCGGAUGCACGCGCCUCCAAGCCCGUGCAUGCAGCGGCGCUCGCGGCUGUACCGGCCAAGGACGCCGUGACGUUCCGCUCAACGAUCCGGGGCGCGCCGCGCAUCGCCGUCGGGCGAUGGACCGCGCAAAAGGAUCUGUGGAAGAGGGGCAUGGAGCUGCGUGCCGAUGGCCUCGAUCGAACGGGGGAGUGGACCUCGCUGUGGGGCCGCGAAAAUGCCGAGGAACACGUACCCGCGUCGCUCGCAUCGCUGCGGGCCGACCAGAUUGAUGCUAUGCUCGUAUGCACGGACCCGCGUCCCGAAGGGCUUUGGGAGGGCCUCGACGCGCGUUUUCCGCAUGCACAUCUCAUCGGUGCUACAGCAGCGCUCACGCCGUUUGAGACGGGGCGCGAGCAUACGAUGCUCGGCGCUGACAUCUACGAAGAGGGCGCUGUGGGUCUCGCGUGGCGGCGCCCGACAUCGCACCUUGUGCGUACAUUCGGAGGGCUCGUGCCGCUGGGUCCGCGUCUCGUUGUUACAGGGUAUCGCCGCGCCGCGCCGCGCGACCACUUGGACGCAGCGCAGCUGCGCGCGCUCUCGAGCGACGUACGCCGUGACGACGACUUUUUCCUCGGUCUGUACGCCACCGAGACCGAUCCUGUACCAUGCCUCGUUGCGCGCAUCCAGGCUGGGCACCCAGUGCGCGGCACGCUGGGCCUCGAGACGGAGACGGAGCUCGAGGGCCUCGCGCAGUACGCGCAAGUCUUCCGCGCCAAGCCGCACGACGACGUGCUCACGGAUACGCCAUGCGCCGCUCACGCAGGCGUACAAUACGUGUGGGCCAGCGAGAACGCAGCGCCCGCGCAUGUGCCGCCGCUCGCCGCGCCGGUCAUGGCCAGGGGUGUGUGGACGUGGGAGCACACGUUUCUGGCCGGCGCCGAGUCGAGCUGGUUCGCACGCACACCAGGGACACGCACGCACGCCUGUGCCGUGCCGCAGUCGAGUGUCGUACUGCACCGCUCGUAG